UAUUUUUCAUUUGCUCUCCCUACCUAUUAUUGAACCUCCUUCCCCAUGACAAACAUCAUCAAGGGCAUUGACCCUGACGACUAUUCUGUGGUAGAGGACGCUGAUAGUGCCUCUAUUGCGACUGCCCAUACACCAGAGAUACCUUCCAGCAAUUUACCUGCCGAUAAAGAGCAACAGGUCAGUGAUGCGAGCGAUACAAUUCCUCUCCAGUACUUGCGCACCCUCGUUAAAUUACGUGUCGCUACCAAGUCACACCAUGAAGAGUGUUUUUUGCAGGCAUAUUCCAAUAUAGCUUGCCAGGAGUUUGCCGGUCUCUCUCUCCAGAACUACGACACCAGUAGCAUUAAGGACGCGGAAGCCCGUGUUAUUAGACGCAAUACUCUGUUUACUGAUGUCAUACAAAACGUUGAUCUUGUAUGCGCUAGCUUUGAUAGCGCCAUAAAGGCGUAUAUUAGGGCACUUAACCAUGAUACCAAAUUGACAGCUAUCAGAGAACAUGAAACAUAUUUCCGUGGAGUCUUGGACUCGGCAGCUACUACCUUCAACUCAUUGGAGUUUGUGACGAGCCCUGAUUCAUACUUGGACAAGUUCAUUCUAUGGCUUGUUUCUGAUGAGGAUUUUUCCCUAAGCAAUUGGCACACCUACAUUGCAUACCAUGCAUCCCCGCUUGUUAGAUACUUCCUGGAAAAACACAUAGUCGAUACUGAAGAUUGGGGGUUCAGCAAAGGCUGCUCUUGCUGCUGCAUUCGCCUUGAAAGCUUUGAAGGAUAAUUCGCCAGCCAUCAGAUGUGCCAUUGCUGAGAUGGGCUCUUGGAGUGAUAUAUCUGCCCACUUAAAAAAUGCCCUUUAUACGCAGCCAAGGUCAACAUGCGGGGCAUGCUUAACGGGUAGCCGAAAAAACUACCACUCAUGUACCAGCUGGGGGACAAUUGUUGCGAAGUAUUACAAUCUCUCGUUUAUUUGUGGUAUCACCAAUAACUCUCAGCAGGAAUUACUUGUGGUAACUUUGAAGGAAAAGAAAGUGGCAGACAUUGCAGCCUUUAGUUUUAACACUUUGUAAUGGUUAUGCCAUG